CGGGGUUCGUAAAUUUUAGUGUUCCUUUUGGCCCCCAAACUCAAGAAUGAUUCGCAGUCGACUCAUCUCCCAAGACUCAAACACUCAACGGCUGCUGCCUCCUGUCCCAGAAGAUUAUUACCCACCGCCGUGCAUCAUGUCAAACGCUGUGAAUAUACGAGCGACUAGUACCGCCAUGGCCCCGAAGAAAGGAACGAGGAAGAGUAUGCCGAAAGUCCGCACGGGUUGCCGCACUUGCAAACAGCGGCGUGUUAAAUGCGACGAAGGGAAGCCGAGCUGUUUAAAUUGCUCAAGGGCUGGGCGCCAAUGCGAAGGAUACCCCGUCGCAAUCGAUGCAUCAGGGAAAGAACUGCAACGGCAGCAACGCCUCAACAUCCGUGUGUACAGCCUGCCCUUCAAGGUCCCCGGCAGUCAAGCCGACCGACAGCUUCUGCAUUUCUACUGCGUCGAGGCCGCGGGGAGCCUGUCUAGCUUCUCAGAUCCAACCCUGUGGACCACGCUUAUUCUCCAGCGGUCGCACCACCAGCCCGUAAUUAGAAAUGCCCUGGUCACGCUAGCGGGCCUGUAUCGGGAGUACCUGCUGGGCGGAAAUAGUAUCCAGCCUUCUGGGUCGCAGCUUGCGAUGCAGCGAAUUGCCAAAUGCCAUCGGCAGCUGCGAUUGUACCUUCGAUCACCGGAUGCGUCAGUCGAGACGCCACUCAUCUGUAGUAUUCUGUUCUAUGCGUUUGAGACUCUCGUUGGCGAUGCGAGCUCUGCUAUACAACACCUCAACAGUGGCCUGAACUUGUUGAGGCAGACACAGGCCCUCUGGCAAGAUUGCACCGAUGACAUCCUUCCACAUCUUGCCGCUAUAUUCGCACGACUCGACGUCCAAGCAAGCGCAUUCGACGACCUACGCGUGCCUAUCCUCACGCUCGUCUCACCAGAGGAAAUGUCUGGCUUAGUCGACAUUGUUCCCGAUACCAUGUCGAGCCUCUGGGAAGCAGAAGCCGCGUUAACUAAACUGCAAAACUGGAUGAUGCAUCACAUCAUCGCGUAUCUCUCCCAUAAAAACCAGUCGAUGGACCAGCUGCCGCAGGGUCUUAUUCACGAGCGUUUCGUGCUAUACCAACAAUAUGAGCGGUUUCUGGAUGCGUUGAGCACCCUCCUUGCAUCACUCCCAGUGGACAUGAUGCACCGUGCUCUGCUCCUCCGCAUCCAAGCACUCAUGUACCACGCCAUCCUUCUCGAGAACAUCCCAAAGCACACGUCGUCACCCAGCUCACCAAAUCCCUCGCCCGGCCCGAAUCACAGUUUCCAAAGCGCGCUAUUGGACACACAACGAUUCCUCUCCUCCCUCAGUGCCCCAGACACGCCGCGCCACUUCACGCUAUGCUCGCAGCUCGUCGCAAUCCUGUACUUCCUCUGCCUCAAAACGACCGAUCCCCAAAGCCAAGAAACGGCCCUGGCGCUCUUACGGCACUCCCGCCUUCCGGCGCGGGACGGUCUCUGGGAAGCGCAAAAGGCCAUCUCGAUCGUGCAGACGCUCCUCGGCCGAGUGGGUGCGCGGCCAGAGGGAAUGUGCAGAUUAGAAGAUGCCGGGGGGGACGUGUUUAGCCAGGAGAUUCGUGGGAUGGAUCAGGUCUUUCGUGAGAUUACUGCUCGGUCGCUUGAGCGGGUUGAUGAGGUUCGAUGACUACAUCGGAACUGGCAUGACCGGCGGAUGGCGCUUGCCAGGGCGGGGGUGCCCGAGGAUAUGGUGUUUUUCUGGGUCAGGCAUAUGCAGGGAUGGGUUUAGACUCGAGGUAUGUAAUGAGAGACUUGAGGAUUCUCUAUGAAGUGUACCCGCAGCCCCUGGAACCACUCUCGGAGCGCACCUAGAGACAAUCAGAAGAUAUAGCCAACAAUUUGGAGGGAUACGUAAGUCAUCCCUUCCGUGUACGGUGGAUAAAGAGCCCCUGCAGUUGUUCCUGCAGUCUCUCGUGGAUUACCCAGCACAUUGAGGAGUCGAUCUCUCAAUGGAUCCAAAGUCUAGCUGGUUUGACGUGCGUGUCAGUACGUACCUUAUCCCAUGAAAGCAGGGGAGCACCGAUCCUAGGCCAACCGAAUAGGAUUAAUGUAUCCCUGUUGGGUAACAAGUACGGAACUCACCUGCAAUCUCGCGCCCUUACUGUGCCGAGCUUCUCCAAACUCAACAACGAGGGUCUAUAUCCAUACUCGUCACAUCGCUGACCCACAUUUCCGAUAUAUAUAUAUAUAACACAGUCGGAUUGACAAGUAGUACAAUCGUUUACACCCACUAAUCUUGCCAAGCCCCAAAGCCAUAAGCAACAUUAGAACCUUAAGUGUCUCUCACGCAUUGGAAGCACAGCUCGACCCAUCUCUUUCUGUUCACUUUGGCUUCUGAAAAGUACCUAAUCUACGGUGUAACACUGUGUUCAAACUGAGGUUGAAGUGAUUGGCUGACUCGGGGUUGUCAAUGUGAUAUCCAAGUAUAAACUUCCCGAUCUGCAAUGCCAGUGACAACAUCUCACGCCAUGUGCCAAUGUAUUGUAUUUGGUUUUUCUGGG